UUUAUUUUCAGAAAGUUUAAGCAAGAUGCCAAGACAGGCCGGGGAUAAACGGCCUCGUCUUGAUGAAGAUGGAGAUCAAGAGGUUGAAGGAUUUGAUCCUGCCGAAUAUUAUCGUCAGCAGCAGCAGCAGAUGCUUCUCCAGGCUAGCCAGCAUGUCGAGCAGACAAGGGACGAGAUUCAGAGGGUUCAGGAGCAGGCGGAUGAGGUCGUUGAUACAGGGCGGAGAGCUCGACGCUCCGCCGCGACUGCUGCUAAUGUGGCGAUGUCCUACCUAACCGAGACAGAGGAGCAGAUUGAUAGUGUUUACUUUGGUACAAGGAAGAUGGCAGCACCCGUGCCUAUUCGUGAUGACACCUUCCAGGCACCACUAGCUCCUGCACCUAAAGCGAAACCGCGUGCAACUCCAGUUCCUCGUGCACCUCGAGGACCCAGGGGAGGCGGUGUAUCCGGCAGGGGACGAGGAGGAGCAAAGGCACGGCCUCGCCGAGACUGGGGAGGGGAGGAUGAUGAGGACGAGGAAGAUUAUCAACCUGUUGUCGCAGGACGAGGGAGAGGACGACCUCAAGCUGGAGGACGGAGACCGGCUAUGCCGCAGGCGGAGGAUGAGAAUAGUCUGUACUUUAUUGUGCGCACAGGAAGAUCUUCUCUUCAACAAACAGUUGACGAUUGGAUAGAAGAGUAUAAGGUUGACCGGGACGGUGCUCUGCUGAAGCUGAUGCAGUUCUUUGUCUCUGCCUCCGGGUGCAAGGGAAAGAUUACGAGUGAGAUGCAGGCAGAUAUGGAUCACGGGGACAUCAUCAGGUCCGUCAGCAACCUUUUAUCAUGGGGGGGGAAUAUAUAUAUAUGAAGUUUUUAUUACUCAGGUCAAUACUGGAAGAAGUUCCGAGCAAACUUCUGUGAGUUUGUUGGUAUGCUGGUGAAGCAGUGUCAAUAUAGUAUUAUUUAUGAUCAGUAUCUCAUGGAUAAUGUUAUCUCUUUACUCACACAGCUUUCGGAUUCUCAGGUUCGUGCAUUCCGUCACACGAGUACACUCGCUGCACUCAAGCUAAUGACAGCACUAGUUGACGUAGCCCUGACGGUCAGCAUAAACCUGGAUCGUUCUGCUCGACAAUAUGACAGCGAAAGAGCUAAAAACAAGGACAAGAGGGCAGCAGACAGGAGGAUGACUGAAGAAUUCGAAGAGGAAUCAGGAGAAUACCCUCUAACUACAUCAGAAUUUCCCCUGAAUUAUGAAUUUCUAUUUCUAUUCAGAGAUAUUGUGCCAGAGAUACGAAGCAUCUGUAUGCAGGAGAUAGGAACAUGGAUGAAAAAAUUUCAUCAGAAUUUCCUUGAUGACUCCUACCUGAAAUAUAUUGGUUGGACCCUCCACGACAAGGUGGGGGAUGUGAGGUUAAAAUGUCUUCAAUCCCUGGAACCUCUCUACUCGUCAGAGGAGCUCAAGAAUAAGCUUGAGUUGUUCACGUCUAAGUUCAAGGACAGGAUUGUGUCUAUGACCCUGGACAAAGAGAUUGAGGUGGCGGUGGAGGCCGUCAAGCUGGUCAUCUCUAUACUCAAGUAUCAUCCGGAGAUACUCAGUGACAAGGAUUGUGAACACGUUUACGAACUAGUGUACUCGUCUCAUAGAGCCGUUGCCCAGGCUGCCGGUGAGUUCCUGAACGAGAGACUCUUCCUGCAUGACGAGGACAACGUGGUGGAUAUGAGGACGAAGAGAGGGAAGGCGAGGCUGCCCAACACCCCCUUGAUCCGUGACCUCGUCCAGUUCUUCAUAGAGUCCGAGCUUCAUGAACAUGGAGCUUAUCUUGUGGAUUCAUUGAUUGAGAGUAAUGAAAUGAUGAAGGACUGGGAGUGUAUGACAGAUCUACUGAUUGAGGAUCCCGGACCAAAGGAGGAGGAGUUGGAUGACAAGCAGGAGUCCAGUCUUAUAGAGAUAAUGGUUUGCUGUAUUAGACAAGCAGCUACUGGUGAUCCACCGAUAGGUCGGGGUCCAGCUCGUCGGGUUCCUAGUGUCAAGGAACAGAAACAGAUACAGGAUGAUAAAAUAGCCUUGACCAGCCACUUCAUCACGACCCUUCCCCGCCUCCUCCACAAGUACCUGGUGGACCACGACAAGAUGGCCAACCUUCUCAUAAUCCCGCAGUACUUCGACCUGGAGAUAUACACCACCAGCAGGCAGGAGAAAUCCCUCGAGUUAAUGCUCAAGCUUAUUCAGGAGACAGUAGAGAGACAUUCAGAGACAGAGGUUCUGGACACUGCUGCGCGAACUCUAGAAAAACUAUGUGACAAAAAUCUACCAAUCUACGGAAAGACUGAUAUAGCGAGGUCCCGGCUCCUUGAUAUGAUCUGCAACCGUUACAAGGAGAGCUUGGACGAAUAUUCAUCACUGCUAAGUGGUGAUGAAUGUCCUGAAGAAGACGAAAGGUUUGCUCUUGUCUCAAGCUUGAAGAAGAUCUCUAUCUUCUACAACUGUCACGAUAUGUCCAGGCUCAAUAUUUGGAAUAGUCUGCUUCAGAAUAUUGUUGGUAGCUACGAGGCACAGCGUGAAGGUGGAAUUCUACCCCUGCCAGCAGAAGGAGUUGAAUAUUGUAUUGUUGGAUGCUUCUUUGCUCUCUGCUGGGAUAAGAUGAAUGUCAUAGAAAACCAGGAUAGGGAUAAUACUGCGGCUGAGGUUGCAGCUCUCAUGGAAAAGGUUGAAGACUUCGUGAGUAUAUGUAAGAAGCUCUUCAAGGACUCUAAGGAGAUAGGAUGGAAGGAGCAGAGUUAUCUAUCUAUAUGUGAUCUCCUGAUAAUGUUUGCACACACUGAAGGAGGUGCUAAACUGGUCGGACUACAGUAUACUGCAGACAAUGAACUAGUGGAGUACCUCAACACGUUUGUACAGGAUUUUGUGUUCAUUGACGACACUGAUGAAGAUAUUGACGACCAUCAGAAAAUUGAAGAACUGCACAAACGGAGGAAUUUUCUAGCAUCGUACUGUAAACUUAUUGUUUACAAUGUCAUCCCAACCAAGUUUGGAUCAGAUAUAUUGAAACACUACGUGACCUUCUACAACGACUAUGGGGAUAUUAUCAAGGCCACCCUGGGUAAAGCCCGCGAGAACAACAAGGUAAACUGCGCCCUCACCAUGGUUCAGUCCUUGGUGUUCAAGUUUACCGAGCUUCAGGAGGCUGGGGCAGGUGCGAGGGAUAUUGAUAGGAACGGAGAAGAUUUCCACUCAAUAAAGGAACUUGCAAAGAGGUUUGCACUUUCCUUUGGGUUGGAUGCUGUAAAGAAUAGAGAAGCAGUGACUACACUUCAUAGGAAGGGUAUCCAGGUAGCUGUGACCCCCCAGGAGGAUCCAGAUGACCCUGCUGGGGCUCCUCCUAACCUUCCUUUCCUGGAGAUACUCACAGAGUUUACCAACAAGCUUCUCAAACAGGAUAAGAAGGUUCUUCUUGACUUCUUGGAUAAACGAGUUGCUGGGGGAGUACCUAGUAGCCGCUCAGAGGUCUGGGCACCUCUACACAUGUACAGGAACUCCCUGGUGCACGGUGAAGGAGAAAGUUUGCCUGCUCCGCCAAAGAAGGCCUAUCAGAGGAAAAGAAGGAGGUCCGGCUCGGACGAGGAUGAUGAUCCCGAUGAUGAAGAUUUCCGUCUCUAAUUCGGCCGCCGAGGAUCAAAUCGACCGCUGAAGAUUUUUUUUGGCAGCGACCGUAUAGAAGAUGUAUUCUGUAAAAUAUCAUAUUUAGUUUCUAUUAAGUCCUGUAAUUAAAGUAAGGUUGACAUUUCUCUCAUGAAGUAUGUAAAUUGUUGGUUUUGUAAAUUAGAAUCUAUGAAUAAUUAUUACUAUUGAGUA